AUGGUCCAACAGAAGAGCGCGUUGAACAUCGUCAUGGGUGCCAUGACGUUCGGUGAGGCGGGGAAAGAAGGCGCGAGAGUGCACAACAUUAAGGAUGUAGAAGCCAUCCUAGAUGUCUUCCAAGCUCAUGGACACAGCGAAAUCGACACCGCUCGCGGUUACACUGGCGGCACCAGUGAGCAAUACAUAGGCAAAGUCGAUUGGAGAAAACGCGGACUGAAGAUUGAGACAAAGCUCUAUCCUAAUGUCUCGAACAAGCGUCUUCAAAACCCUGACAGGGAUCUGAUUUCUCACUCUCCGGAGGACUUGCGAAAGUAUCUCGAAAUCUCCAUGAAGGCGCUAAACACCGAUCAGCUGGAAAUGUGGUACCUCCAUGGCCCCGACCGCACCACGCCAUACGAAGUGACUCUGAAAACCGUGAACGAGCUCUACAAGGAGGGAAAAUUCAAGCGUUUCGGGAUUAGCAACUACAUGGCCUGGGAGGUCGCCGAGAUCGUGCAGAUCUGCAGGGCGAAUGGAUACAUCCAGCCCACAGCGUACCAGGGCAUCUACAAUGCCAUUCAUAGGAAAGUCGAGCCCGAGCUGUUCCCGUGCCUUCGAAAGUAUGGCAUUAGCUUCUACGAGUUUAACCCGCUCGGUGGUGGCUUCUUUACCGGGCGUUAUUCUUCCGCUGACGAGCAGGUGGAGCCUGGAUCACGGUUCGACCCUACAAAGGGCCAAGGCAAAAACUACCGGGCGCGGUACUGGAACGAACCCCACUUUAAAGCACUUGCUGCCAUUCAAGCUGUUGCGACCGCGCACAAUCUGACGUUGGCUGAAAUAGCACUCCGCUGGAUUUCACACCACAGUCUCAUGAAACGCGAGCACGGGGACGCCGUCCUCAUUGGCGCGUCCAGCUUGAACCACAUCGAGCAGAACUUAAUCGACUUGGAGAAGGGUCCCUUGCCGGACGAAAUCAUCCAAGUUUUGGAUGAUGCUUGGUUCUCAGUUGUGCCAUAUGGUACCGACUACUUCCACUAA